GUACCGUGUACGAUUUUUUCUUUGUGGCUUUGCUCGAGAAAGGAGAGGGAGGGAGGGAGAGAGAGAGAGGAGAGAAUGAAAAAAUCUAUACCAUACGAACAGGGUUCGGAACAGGCCCAAGCUGUUACGGAGUCUGCACUAUUUUAGUCUACAUCUCCAAAUUUUCUGCAAGAAAAAGUAAUUUCUUUCCUGUUGCGGGGACUGGUAGAAAGUAAUUGGAAAUUAAUUGCUGAAACUGGGCCAAUGGAAUCAUUUGACGGAUAAUUCUCAAAAUUGGGAAAAAGUUAAUGGAUAGCUUCUCUAUAUUUUGAUUACGUUGUCAUUUUCUGAAAAUUUUCAGCUGUCAAAUUAGAGUAUGCUAAAAAGAUCAAAUUUUUGGAUACGUACAUGGGAAAAACUACAGUGGUUGCGCAGGACUCCUACUUUUCCAUUUUCUACCUGUGGGAAAAAUGGAAGUUUCAGUGAUGGAACAGAGUCUGAGACUGAAUGGGAAAGAUUACUCAAGCCAUUUGACCUAAUAGAACUCCGAAAAUCACUCAAUAAAAUUUCUCCAUUUCAGCUUAAUAAAUUGCUGGAGCUCCCACUGGAUGUGUCAACAUCGAUGGAGUUGUUUCAGUGGGCCGGUGCCCAGAAGGGUUAUUGCCAUUCGUUUGAUGUCUACUAUACUUUGAUUGAUAAAGCUGGGGCUGCUGGGGAGUUUAAGAUCAUUGAUAGGUUAUUAAUGCAGAUGAAAGAAGAAGGGAUAGUUUUUACAGAGUCUCUUUUCAUUAUGAUUAUGAGGCACUAUGGAAGAGGUGGUUUGCCUGGGCAAGCAACCAGGUGGCUUUUGGAUAUGAGGACUACAUUCUCUUGUGAACCUACAUUUAAGUCUUAUAAUGUUGUGUUGGAUAUUCUGCUGGCAGGGAACUGUCCAAAAGUUGCUCCAAAUGUUGUUUAUGAGAUGUUGAGCAAGGGCAUCUCCCCUACUGUUUUUACUUUUGCUAGAGUAAUGAAAGCACUUUGUAAAGUGAAAGAGGUUGAUUCUGCAUGCUCCCUCCUCAGAGACAUGACGAAAUAUGGAUGUGUGCCGAAUUCAAUAGUUUAUCAGACACUUAUACACGCUCUAUCUGAGACUAACAGAGUGAAUGAAGCUUUGAAACUUUUGGAAGAGAUGUUUCUCAUGAGUUGCUUACCAGAUGUCAAUACAUUCAACGACGUCAUAAUUGGUCUUUGUGGUGCUGAUCGUGUUCAUGAGGCCGCCAAAUUGGUAGAUAGGAUGCUUAUUCGAGGGUUUGCCCCUGAUGCUAUAACUUAUGGAGUUUUAAUGCAAGGGCUAUGUAAAACAGGUCAGGUGGACGAAGCAAGGGCACUGCUGAUGAAAGUGCCCUAUCCUAAUGUUAUCCUGUUUAAUACUUUGAUUAAUGGCUAUGUCACACACAGUCGAUUUGACGAAGCAAAAUCUGUAUUAAACAAGAACAUGUUUGGUACUGGCUGUCAGCCAGAUGUUUAUACUUAUAAUAUACUACUUCGUGGGCUUUGCAAGAAAGGAUUCUUUGCCUCAGCUCACCAAGUGGUGGAGGAGAUGUCAUCUGAUGGUUGUGAGCCAAACGUUAUCACCUACACCAUUUUGAUUGAUGGCUUCUGCAAGGAUGGCCGGUUGGAAGAAGCCAAUGACAUUAUGGACGAAAUGUCAUCCAAAGGUCUCUGCCUAAAUACGGUGGGAUAUAACUGUCUAUUAGCUGCCCUCUGCAAGGACAGUAAGAUACAUGAGGCGAUGGAAAUCUUUAGUGAGAUGCCCAGCAAAGGAUGUAAGCCUGACAUAUUCACGUUCAAUUCUUUGAUAUAUGGGCUUUGCAAAAUUGAUAAGAUGGAAGAGGCACUUCGCUUGUACCGAGAUAUGUUCACAGAGGGAGUUAUAGCGAAUACUGUAACAUAUAACACAUUGAUUCAUUCUUUCCUGAGGAAAGGUGCAAUUCAAGAAGCAUUUAAGCUAGUUAACGAUAUGUUAUUCAGAGGAUGUCCCCUUGAUGACUUCACUUACACUGGACUUAUAAAAGCACUGUGCCAAGAUGGGGCAAUAGAAAAGGCUGUGGGUCUCUUUGAAGAAAUGUUGAGAAAGGGGCUGAAUCCUAAUACUAAAUCAUGCAAUAUUUUGAUCAAUGGCUUAUGCAAAGCUGGGAAGGUACAAAAUGCACUUGAAUAUUUGAGAGAGAUGCUUCAUCGAGGAUUAAAACCCGAUAUAGUCUCGUAUAACAGUCUUAUAAGUGGUUUAUGCAAGACAGGAUGUGUUGAGGAAGCUCUUAAUCUCUUUGACAAAUUACAAAGUCAAGGUGUCUGUCCAGAUGUUGUCACUUAUAACAUCUUGAUAGGUUCUUACUGUAAAAUGGGCACGCUUGAGGAGGCAUAUGCACUUUUAACUAGAGGUGUGUCCCAUGGAUUGACACCUGAUAAUGUAACAUGGCACAUACUAGUCACCAAUUUGUUGAAAAGGGUAAUGAGGAGAGGUUAAAUGAUUGCCUUGUCUAUAUUAGCUAGAAGUGACCGGUGAUGAUGGAGCUCAAUUUUUGGAAGACCUAUAUUAUUUCUGCUGUAAAGCUGCUGACCAUGAUGGCAAGACUAUCAUAGUUGCUGGUUUGGAUGGUGAUUAUUUGAGGAGGAGGUUUGGUGCAGUGCUUGGUAUAAUUCUGAUGGCCAAUUCUGUGACCAAGUUCACUGCACGAUGCGAGCUAUGUGAUGAGUGUGAUUUCUUUACUUUGAGGAAGAAUGAGGAGACUGAAACAGAACUUAUUGCCGGCGCCGAAGUAUAUAUGCCAGUGUGCUGUAAGCGCACUGUGAGUGUGCAAGUGGUCAAAGUGGCUGUACAAGGACAGUCCUUGAAUCUCAGAAGGUAGAAGCAGAAUUACCUUUGUCAUCUUUAGAGCUUUUUGAAUAACAUAGUUUCCAAACUGAUCUCAAGCAAGAUGAGAAGUAUUUUAUCAGUAACAGAUGCAUUUCUAAGAGCGAGGACAUGCUGCACAACAUAGUUCCUGGAAAAGGACCAUCACUAAGGUAAGCUGCCACAUUUGCAAUAUGAUCGAGAAGAGUUGUUCUUUGAGAACCACUGAUGCUAUUGAUGCAUUCAUUCAAGGAUAUACAUCCCACUUCAUGGGUGGCCAGUUCUUGGAAGUAAUAUAUUGCUAGUUCAUAGAGUAUCUGAGAUCAAAUAAGAAAUUUAACGUCAUAUUAUUUUAAAAGAUAAAGAAUGUGCAGGCAUAAAUUUCUGAAUAGUUUAAUGUAUUUAGUUUGCUAUUCAGAACAGGAAAAGCAGGAAGAAUAAUAAGUAGAAUGUGGCUGAAAAGGCUUCUUCUUCGAGUAUUUAUUCAGAUGCUGAUGUGUCGAUUCAUAUAACAGCACUACCCUAUUUGUAAGACAGUUUCUUGAAGUUUGUAGAGAAAUAUUGUGAAAGAACUGAUGAAGGAAAUAAAAUAAUUAAUUCAUUUGGCUGAUUCCCAAGGAGGUUUAGGCAUUGCUGAAUGACAUGUCGGGCUAUAUGGUGAGUCAUUAAUUCAUAGAAUCCAGUGGAUAGAAUUCUUGUCAGCAUGAAGGCCUCAGAUGUCUUCUUGACCUUUUUGAUUAGCCUUUGAAUUGAAUUUGCACUGUCAACACAAGUAGUGAAAAACACCCUAAAUACUAAGAAAAAAUAGAAGUACAGUACCUAAAGAUUUGAGAUUCUUGAAUUACCCAUGUUUACAGAAUGCUGCAUUUAUAAACAAUUUGCUGUUCAACGAGGCCUUCACGAUGAAGGAAUGCAACCUUCUGUCGUUGCUUUCUUCGAUUAGCUUUCCGAAGACCACAUGUUCAUGUUCAUCUGUCAUCAGCUUGAAAAUAGAUUCGGGAACUUCAUCAUGUGUUACUUGUGUCUGGUUCUGAUUCUGAUUUCUCUCGUCCAAAAUUUCUUGCAGGGGAUUUGAGGGGAAUUGAGUUGUACCAGUCCUGUAAAGGUUGUAUCUACUACCAUGUAGUUCAACAUUCUGAUUCCACAAACCGCCGGAAUUUAUUUGAUCGUGGUUCGGGUAGUAUCCAUUACGUGAGAAAGAAUUUGGGGUAAAUGAAAAUCCAGCGAGAGUAUUGAUGCUCAAUAUUGAACCCCCAGCAAAAUUUUCUGGACCAGACUGCAAAUCUUCAACAAGUUUCUUCCCUGUAAAGAAACGAAGAGUAAAAUUCAAGCCCUUGAAUCAUGAAUGCACAGAGAAUAUUCCUCUCUCUCUCUCUCUCUCUCUCUCUCUCUCUCUGAUAUUUAUGUAUUUAUGGCUACCUCGAGUAGUAAAAUCAUGGUUUGCCCAGAUAUUGGAAUGAUCUGGGACCAAGUUCGUUGAUAGUCUGUCAUUAGAAUUA